ACGCCCACCACUGAUACAUUUAAAAACAUAACUCUGAUUACCACAAAGGAUAGGAAGACAAGUUAGAUGACUACAGACAGGCUGUGUGUCAACAUGUUUUUUUCACACGCAUCGUCUAAAAUACUGAGGACAUCUAUCCAUCGUCAUGGUGCAGCAGUACUAAGAUCUGCAAACUUCACAACCAAGGAAACCAUUGACAUUAAGAAAUGCGAUGUCCAUCUACUCGACGAGGCGCCUGCCACUUCUGUGCUUGUGGCUCGUGAAGAUGCUUUGCAGUACUACCGCUCCAUGCAGACAAUGAGGAGCUUGGCACUGAAGGCAAGAGAACUCCAUAAACAGAACAUCAUCCGCGGGCCGUGCCACUUGUACACUGGCCAGGAAGCCUGUGCAGUGGGGAUUGAGGCAGCAAUUACCGACACUGAUCGCCUCAUCACUGCGUAUCGUUCCCAUGGCUUCACAUUCACCAGGGGCGGCUCUCUCAAGGAAAUAAUUGCUGAGAUGGCAGGACGCAGAACGGGAAUUUCGAAAGGCAGAGGAGGACCCAUGCACAUGUUCACGAAAAACUUCCAUGGUGGUUACGCCAUUGUUGGAUCUCAGGUGUCCCUCGGUGCUGGACUAGCUCUGGCUUUGAAGUACCGGAACACAGAUGAUCUGAGUGUUUGUGUCUACGGUGAUGGUGCAGCCAACCAGGGGCAGGUUGCUGAGACCAUGAACAUGGCAGCUCUCUGGAAGCUGCCCGUCAUUUUUGCCUGUGAGAAUAACGGGUACGCCAAAGGUACGUCAGUGGGCCGAUGUACUGUAAACACAGACUUCUACAAGAGGGGGGACGUCAUUCCUGGCUUAAGGGUGGAUGGGAUGGAUGUCCUUUCUGUUCGGGAGGCAACCAGGUUUGCUUCUGACCACUGCAGGUCUGGGAAAGUGAGUUUUCUGUUUAAUAAAAUGGAACAUUUGUCCUUGUGUCGAUUUAUUUCAACAUGUCCUUUCCUUGUAUCUCAGGGCCCAAUCAUUAUGGAGCUUCAGACCUACCGCUUUUUUGGGCAUGCAAUUGGUGAUACUGAGCACAAAUAUCGCACAGCGGAUGAGGUGGACAAGAUCCGCAAAGAAAGAGACCCCAUUUCCCUGCUUGAGGGUCACUUGAUCAGAAACAAUAUGGCCAACAUGGAGGAAUUGAGGGAGAUCAAUGAGAAAAGUGUAACGGAUGUUGAAGAAGCGUCACAAUUUGCCAUCCAAAGCCCUGAACCCCUAGUGGAGGAGCUAUGUAACUACAUCUACUGCAACAAUCCACCACUCAAUAUUCGUGGCAUCAACCCCUGGACCAAGCUGAAGUCUAGUAUGUAGAUGUAAAAAACAUUCACUGUAUGCCUAUGCUUGCAACAAGACCAAAAAAAAGUAUGACAAUAAAGUGGAUAUUAAAUAAUAAAACAAUGGGUAUGUGUUAGACCACUGUAAAUGGAACUGCUUUAAGAAAAUUCAAGCAAAAAUUUAGUUUUUUUUCAGAAGCAAGUACAAGACAUAAAUGACAGUAAUAACAAAACAAAAAAAUGUGGAAAAAAAUCAAGUGCAUUUAUUAACUUCCGGUUUAAAACUGAACUAAAAAAAACAUAUUUUUUUACAUAUAUUAGUGCUGUCCAACUAUUAGUUAAUUAGAUUAAUCACAUGAUCAAUCAUGAUUAAGGACAGGUUUUUUACUUACUUGCAUAAUUUAAAUCACCAUAAAAAAGAGCCCAAAAUUUCGACACAAAUACAAUGUUAUUAUCAGAUUGUCAUACAGGAAUGUAUAUUAUUUAUUGUUUAACUUGAAUGCAUAUGAUUGCUCAACUCUUUAUAACAGUUAUCUAAUAAUGUCCCAACUGGAUGUGUUUUCACAUACUGUAUACAAGGACAUACAUACCUGUAUUAAGGGACAGUAACAACUAAAAUUAAUAAGAAAAUAAAUAGCCAAAUAAUAAUAUUGUAAACACCUUGUGAUUGUUAGGAACCCUCAUUUUUGUAUAACCGUGAUUAAUCACAGACUAUUACCGUAUUUUUCGGAGUAUAAGACGCUCCCGAGUAUAAGUCGCACCUCCCGAAAAUGCAUAAUAAAAAAGGAAAAAAAAAACAUAUAUAAGUCGCACUGGAGUAUAAGUCGCAUUUUUGGGGGAAAUUUAUUUAAUAAAACCCAACACCAAGAAUAGACAUUUAAAAGGCAAUUUAAAAUAAAUAAAGAAUAGUGAACAACAGGCUGAAUAAGUGUACGUUAUAUGAUGCAUAAAUAACCAACUGAGAAGGUGCCUGGUAUGUUAACGUAACAUAUUAUGGUAAGAGUCAUUCAAAUAACUAUAACAUAUAGAACAUGCGUUUACCAAACAAUCUGUCACUCCUAAUCGCUAAAUCCGAUGAAAUCUUAUAUGUCUAGUCUCUUACGUGAAUGAGUUAAAAAAUAUUAUUUGAUAUUUUACGGUAAUGUGUUAAUAAUUUCACACAUGAGUCGCUCCUGAGUAUAAGUCGCACCCCUGGCCAAACUACGAAAAAAACUGCCACUUAUAGUCCGAAAAAUACGGUACUUGCUUGCAUGAUUUACUUAAGAAAGAGCCCAACAUUAUUUGGACAUAAAUUGUCAUGAUCCAAGACUUGGAUCAUGUCAUGUUCUGUGUUUGUUUCUGUUUUGUUAUUACUGCCUGUUUGAUAUUUGACGUCUUUAGUUCCCAGGGGCACUUCUUGUUUUAUUUCUGUUGUCUUAGUAACUCAUUAGUGUCACCUGUCUCGUUUGUCGUCGCGCACGUGAUUGUUGAUUAUGCCUUCUAGUUAAGACCGCCUUUGUUUGCUUUUCGUUGUGGGACUCUUGUUUGCUUCACGCAACAGUUGACGUCGCUCUUUCUAGCAUUGUGGUAACUACCUUUUUCAUACUCAAUUAGCUUCUAUUUUGUUUGUUUGUUCCUAGCUUACACGCUAGCGUCUUCAGUUCCCUUUGUUCUUUCUAGCUCCCACGCUAGUUCUGUUGGUUUUUGGUUAGUGUCUUUGUGCAAGUGUUUUUGUUCUUAGUUUAUUUUAUUGUAUGA